AUGAGCAUUCACUCUUACUGGGCCCAGGUGUUUGUGUUGCCUAAACAUGUGUUACAUACAGUGGAGUCAAUCUGUAGAGCCUUCCUAUGGCAAGGUACCUAUUUUAGCUCUAAACCAGGUUAUGUAGCUUGGGGAAAAGUGUGUUCUGAGAAGAAAGAAGGAGGGUUAGGGAUCAGAAAUGUUCAGAUAUGGAAUAUUGCUACACUGGGAAACUAUGUUUGGGCUAUUGCUAAAAAACAGGAUUCCUUGUGGGUGAGAUGGGUCAAUGCCAUCUAUAUUAAAGGGGGGAAUUGGUGGGAGUAUCAGCCAAGGGCUGAUAGUGUCUGGAACAGAUCAUCUAUUCCAAAAACCAGAGUUAUUUGCUGGUUGAUGCUGCAAGGUAGAAUUCAGACAAGAACCAGAUUAUGUAAGAUUGGGGUGUGUGAUACUACAAGCUGCCUUUUCUGUGACAGUCAUGAGGAGACUCAUGUGCAUCUGUUUUUUUAUUGCCUAUACAGUAGGAAGUGUCUUUUGGAGGUUAAGCAAUGGCUGGGAAUUCCAGUGAACAUUGUUAGAUAUAUGGCUUUGAUGAGAUGGAUACACUGGAAAAGUAGAGGAUGCAAGUUUCAGAAGCAUGUCAUGUAUGCUGCUAUUAAUGCAACAGUUUACACAAUCCGGAGAGCUAGAAAUGAGGUUCUAUGGAACCUAAAGCUCCCUACUGUGACUCAUACAGUUAGAUUUGUACAGCAAAGUGUAAUAGAUAGAAUGCAGCAAUUAGGGAUUCCCAGAAUCAGUAGUAGAGUACAGGAUUGGUGGCAGAGUAAAAUGGUUGUAUAG